AUGCAGCACGUCCCAGAGUCCCGCACCCAGACCUUCGAGGAGAUCUAUGGACCUCCGGAGAACUUCCUAGAGAUCAAAGUCCGCAAUCCUCAAACACAUGGCACCUCCCGCAACAUGUACACCUCAUACGAGAUCGUCUGCCGCACCAACAUCCCCGCCUUCAAGCUCAAGCACUCUGUCGUGCGCCGCCGCUAUUCCGACUUUGAGUACUUUCGCGACAUCCUGGAGCGGGAGAGCACGCGUGUGACGAUCCCCCCUUUGCCAGGCAAAGUGUUCACGAACCGGUUCAGCGACGACGUCAUUGAGCACCGCCGUGAGGGGCUCCAGCGGUUCCUGCAGAUCGUGGCGGGGCACCCCCUGCUGCAGACCGGAAGUAAGGUGCUGGCCAGUUUCAUACAAGAUCCCAACUGGGACCGCAAUGCGUGGUAG